GUUAACCAAAAGUGGUCGAGGCAGGCACAACACACCCGAUCGGAUCGCAUAUAUUAAAAAUUUUCAAGGAAUUAAACUAUCUAUAACCAUGGGUAGUCAUACAUUUUUCACCGCUCUGAUAGUGGCCACACUCGCUCUCAGCCAGCUGGACAGCUGUCUGGCCAUACAGUGCUAUCAGUGCAAUUCAACUGUAAGUGAAGCUUGUCUCACAGCUCCAGCGGAAGAAGUGGCCUGCACAAGAGACUGUUUUACUUCUUCAGAUGGUGGAACUAUAGCUCGCGGUUGCCUUGCCGAAAACGUCACCUGCGUUGCACCCAAAUGCAACAGUUGCAACGGCGACAAGUGCAACACGAACCUCUUUUGCUACCAAUGCACGGGCGAAAGCUGCAACACACCCGCCAACAACACGCUGGCAGCCUGUGGACUUGCCGAUGCCAAAUGCUACACGAGCGGCACAAGCGCCAACGCCAUGCUGCGUGGUUGCACCUCCGAUGAGGGGGCCAAGUGCCCGGCGGGCAGCACAGAUGCCAGCUGUGCCACUUGCAACACGACUGCCUGCAACAAUGUGCAAUACGAACGGGAUGCUGGCAACUGCAGUCAGUGCAGCAAUUGUCCGGGCGCCCAGGAGGCAAGCAGUGCCACGUCCUGUGGCAAGCUUCUCUACAACCAGGCGAGUCUCGGCUGCUACACCAUUAAUAAUGGCACUGUUUACCGCGGCUGUGUCACUGCGGAGCAGACCUGCAGCACGGAGAACAGCUGCACAACAUGCUCGGAGGCGGCAUGCAAUUUGGGGGCGGAGGAGUUUCAGUGUGCAGUGUGCAGCACCCUCACCAAUGACAAGUGCCAGAAGGGCGCUGAUGCUCCGGUCACGGCCUGCCCGGACAAAUGUUUCUACGGACAUUGGAGUGGUGCUGGUAUACGCGGCUGCUGGGAUCAGGCCAGCGAACUGAUGCAGUACCAAUGUCAGAACGAAAAGAGCCACAACUGCACGAUAUGCGCUACGAGCCUCUGCAACAUUGAGGCCUUCUCUGGAGCCGCCUCCCGCAAGCAGCUGGGCGUGGGUCUACUGCUGGGACUCAUUCUGACCCUCCGUUGCGCCCUGUAAGCGCAGUACCCCCACAACUGGACAACACAGAAAACCUAUUGGCAUUCUUGUUGUAUUUCCAUUUUCCAAAAUGCUAUCUAUAAAAACUAAUCACGGCGCUUGGCCUAUGACUAAUGCAUACCCCCCCCCCAAAAGGAAAGCGUAACAUAAUUAUGAUAAUAGUUAGGAAUAUUUGUCUGAUCACAAAUAAAAGUCUUGUACAUACUGUAUGCCAAAUUAA